CUGGUCCAGCUGAUUUGAGGUUGAUAUUGUUGGUGGUUAUGUCAAAAAAAUCGUGCUCGAGCGGGAUUUUCACCCAAGUUUAUAUGCGGACCCGGCGCGGUGGGGCUUUAGUCGUCAAAACAUGGAGAUGAAUAUUUCCAUGAGCAGUAGAGGUGAUUUUUUAUGUUAUUCUAAGCAGGUUGCAGGGUAUCAUUAGUAUCAUCUCGGCUCUCGGUCCGUUUGAACGAGGAUUUGUUUGCUAGCGUUAGCAGUGUAGUCUAAUGUGAGCCAGAGCAGUGAAAUACUGUGAAUGACUGUUUAAGAGGCAUAUAACUAAUUAUCAUUAGCACGUCUUUGUUCGGAGUUUGUUGCUAUUUAAACGUCUUUAAUUACGCCGCUGGGUGACUGUCGAGAUUAGCUGCUGCUCCCGCUUGAGUUUUGUGAACUGUCUGGCUAGCUGGCUAGCAACUACCAUUAAACUGCUGCUGCCAUGCCAGAUUUAGCGUCUUUGUUCCAACAGAAUGGUCACCGUUAAGUGUGUCAGGUGUUAAUGCCACGAAGGACUAACGCCUGACCAUGGAAAAGCUGUCUAGCAGCUAUUGUUAACUGCUUCAGAAAGGGAGGAAGAAACGGGCGAGCUAUGCGGAGUGUGUCCCUGUAGCUGCUGCGUAGCUGGCAGUUGCUUUAAUGAGUGAGAGGAGUCGGUUAACGGAGCGGUAGGAGAUGCGGAUGCGGUGGACCGAGACGUGGUGGACUGACUUAGGGUCACUCGAAUGGACAGACAUCGAUCAGUAACUGAAUAGCACUGUGUCAGUGGUGGGGGAAGGUCUGCUCUGGUCUCCCAUGGACAUCUGCGGUAGGAACCCAAACCGCACUGCCCCGGUCAGCGAUGGGCAGCCCAGACGAGGCGACCUACCACUGUGCUCUCGGACGAAUGGUUGGAGCUGGCCUCCGCACCCCUUCCAGCUGCUGGCUUGGCUCCUUUACCUUUACUUUGCAGUCACAGGCUUUGGAGUGUUUGUCCCCCUGUUGCCAUCCCAUUGGAUCCCAGCGGGGUAUAUCUGUACGGGCAUUACAUUUGUGUGCCACCUAUUUGUGCACCUGACGGCGGUCUCUAUCGACCCUGCUGACUACAAUGUUAGAGCGAAGAGCUACAAAGGACCAGUUCCUGUGUUUGACCGCACCAAGCAUGCACACGUGAUUGAGAACUGCCACUGCUACCUCUGUGAGGUGGAUGUCGGGCCAAAGUCCAAACACUGCAGUGCUUGUAAUAAGUGCGUGGCCAGUUUUGAUCAUCACUGUAGAUGGCUGAACAACUGUGUGGGCAGCAGAAACUACUGGCUUUUCCUGAACAGUGUCAUAUCAGCUCUGCUGGGUAUAUUUUUAGUUGUGAUCAUUGCAAGUUACGUUUUUAUUGAGUUCUUUUUGGAUCCGUCAAAACUUCGAUCCGACAAACACUUUCAGCAAGUGAAGAAUGAAUCUGUGGUAUGGUUUGUAUUCCUGCCGGUGGCUCCAGUGUCUACUGCAGGUCCAGCCAUCCCUGCCCUGGCAGGAGUGACCAUAGCUUUGGGGCUACUCUCCAGUCUGCUGCUUGGCCAUUUGCUUUGCUUCCACAUCUACCUCAUGUGGAACAGGCUGAGUACAUAUGAGUAUAUCGUUCGACAGAGGCAUCGACAGGAGACAAGGGACACCAAUAAGGGCCCUUUAGGGAAUGAGCCUGGAGUUCCCAAGAUGAAUCUCAUCAAGGACGUGAGCUACUCAGGCACUCUAGGCUACACCAAUCCAGAGAUGGAGGUGGAGGAUCCUACUACCAUGAGCUCACGAGGCAGACAUGAGUUGCUUGGUAACGGCAAGGUCAGAAGUUCACCAGAGAGAAUGGUUGAAGAGGAGCUGCUCCCUUCCAUCUCCACAGAACAGAAACCAGCACCUCGCCCACUCAAAAACACCCAGAAGAAAAAGAAAAAAGUGCGUAAAGUUCCAGCAGAAGUGAUAAAUGACCGAGCCACUGAGAUGGGCACCAGCAGAGCCAUUGCACACCAUUCUGCUGAGCAGGACUCCUCUGUAGCUGCUGCCACCCUGUCCUCAUCCCUAAGCCAGCGCCUCCCAUUCCCAGCGUUCCCCCUGCGAGUGACCCUGCCCCCCCUGGCUCCCGUGCAGGCCGCCGGCCCCCCAGCUGAAUACCAUUCUGAUUCCGCAGAGUCUCUGGAGGAGAUUCCUGUAGCUCUGGCGCGACUGGGCACUGCCACACUGGCGGGGGCACCGACACCCAUCUCUGUUGCUACUGCUGCCCAUUCCUCCUCUACCCAACGUGCUUUGCCUCCUCCCACAGCUGCCCAGCCCCUGCCCUCUCCCCAGCCCAGGACCAAGAGGAAGGCUGCAGCUCGGAAGGCUGCAGAGCAGCGGUUCGAAAUGGCGUCCCAGAAUCCCUCCGUGUUCGUCAGCCAAGGGAGUGGAGAGGCAGCCAUAUCUUUAGAGGGCGCCAGAGCGGAUGAUCUGCCGAGUUCUUCAGGGAAACGCAAGCACACAAGCAAGAAGAGGAGCGUGGAGGAGCACAGGCCCAGCUCCAGAGCUAGCACCCCACUGGCGUGAGAACACUAACUCCCAAAUCAUGCCUCUCCUGGGGAGGGGACUUUAGUAAGCUUAGCCCCGAAUGCUCUGGAAAUUCAAAAACUGACUAGACCGACAAGCUACUUCUGGAAUAAAGAAUCCACUACAGUCUCAGAUGUAGCGCCAAAAGCCUCAGAUAACCUAUGCAAACACCACUGAAUGUAGGCAUUUGGACACUAUAGAGUCCAGUGGACUUGGAUUUGCAUCUUUUGAGAAAUUUAGCAUUUCAUUUAUUUCAAUACAUUUUGCUAUAACUUCUCUGUAGCAUUGCACAAUUGCAUUUUUUAUCAUUUUAUUUAUCACUACUGUUUUUUAUCAACUAUUUAUUCAUAUUGAAUGCCAAAGCUCAUAUACUAUGUACAGUCUUUACCAGACUGACUGUUGCUUUGUAAGUAAGCCCAGUGUUUAUUUUUAUCCUACAUAUCUGUUCAUCACUACCAGACGUUACGUUUAUUUAAAUGAAUUGUCUGCUUUAUUCAUGCAUAACAUGUUUUUUAUCCUCUUUAACAGUUACUUAAAAAAAAUUACACUCAUUCCUUUGGCAGUAGGCCACGUUCAAUAUUUCUUUGCGCCUACACUCUCUAAGUGUCUGGAUCUAUUGCAGGCCUCAAAGUGCACAGUAUUUGCUUUUUUUAAACUGCCAGAGAACUACAUCUUGUCUACAGAUUAUUAUUGACAUUUUCUAGACGUUUGAAGAAUAUCUUUAAGAAAACCGCUUUAAUAAUCUCAGCAGAAGACAUGAAUUUGUUGUCCAGGUGACUGCUUGUUUUGUGUUGUCUAAAAGAACGUCGAUGCAGAAUCCACUUUCUUGUACAGCACUGUGAUAUGUUGAAUCUUUUAAGCCACUUAAUGUUUUUUCUACUUCUCCCACCUUCAAUAAAAGCUGGAGCUUGUCAUACCCUCGCACACUCA